AUCCCGCUCAAACCCUUCACUAUCUCUCAUCUCUCUCGCUACAGUUGGUAACUCCAUUUCUCUCUAGAUUCAUCUCAUCUCAUCCACACCUUUGCUGGUUCCAUUUUGCUGUCUGCCUCCACUCUCAACGAUCCAAUCCAUUGAUUCACGACGGCAUGACCGUUUUCCCCCUUUCUUUCUCACUUUAGCAAUAUCAAUUUUGAAAACCCUAGAAAAUAUUUUGCUGUACAUUCAUGGAUAAUUUCCACAUAUACGAAGCCAUCGGCCAAGGAAAAUACUCCACUGUAUAUAAAGGGAGGAAGAAGAAAAGCGUUGAAUACUUCGCAAUCAAAAGCGUUGAUAAAUCUCAUAAGAGCAAGGUUCUUCAGGAAGUUAGAAUUCUUCACUCUUUGGAUCAUUCUAAUGUACUCAAAUUUUAUGCAUGGUAUGAAACUUCUGCUCAUUUGUGGUUGAUUUUAGAAUACUGUGUUGGUGGUGACCUCCGGACAUUACUGGAGCAGGACAAUAAACUUCCAGAAGAUUCAGUACAUGAUCUUGCACGUGAUCUUGUUAGAGGUUUAAGUUAUCUACACUCCAAGGGAAUCAUCUACUGUGACUUGAAACCAUCAAACAUUUUAUUAGAUGAAAACGGUCGUACAAAGCUUUGUGAUUUUGGGUUAUCCAGAAAAUUGAGCGACAUAUCUAAAACACCUUCUUCUCUUCUACCACAAGCAAAGAGGGGCACUCCAUGCUACAUGGCUCCUGAGUUGUUCCAUGAUGGUGGAGUGCAUUCAUAUGCUUCUGAUUUAUGGGCACUUGGUUGUGUCUUAUAUGAAUGUUAUUCUGGCAAUCCCAGCCGUACAUUUGCUAAUCUUGUCAGUUCUCUUUUAAUCAAAGAUCCCACUGAUCGAAUCCAAUGGUCAGAAAUCACCACUCAUGCCUACUGGAGAACACACCUUAGUCCAGUCUCUUUACCACCUCAACCUGCUUUCGAUAACAUGAUACAGCUUUCUUAUAAGCCUUCUUGCCUCACAGAACGAGAACGCAAUCUUCAAAACAAAACCCCACCAAGAAACCGCGAUAACUCUUCUAAACUCAAUGAAACACCCAAAAACCGGAAGAUUCAAUCCAAGCAGAAAGAUGUUUCGAGUAAUACAAAGGGUGUGAAUCUGUUGCGCCUUUCCAGGAUAGCAAAAUCGAAUUUACAGAGGGAAAACGAGAAGGAGAAUUACCGAAGGCCAUUGCCGAAUAACUCUGAACAUGACACUGAUGUUAAAAUUGAAAACACAGAUAUGGAGCUUGAUUUUAACGAGAAUACAGAGGACGAUACCCAAGACGAGAACGAACUUCCUGCUACGCCUAGUCGUAACCUUACCGUUGAUGAAAAUUUAUCAACUCCAGAUCCCGAAGAGAAAAUAAUACAUGAAAUUGAUGCGUCACCUUUGAUUAACACAGACGAAUCAAGAAGAACUGAUCAUGAAUCGGAAUCCUCAGUGCCUGCGACUCCACCGACUGCUUCACCUCAGCCCAAAACUCAAAGAAUAAUCGAAGAUUCAGGUGGUGUGGUUAGCCUAUCACAGGUGGUUUGGCAUUCAUCUGACCUGUCGGUGCGACCUGUGAUGCCGAGUAAAAAGUCCGACAAACAAUCAGAUGUCCUCCCGUCUCUGCCAUUUGACGCGAUUCCAGCUUCCGAUCUCGUGAAAUUACCAAAAGACCAGUUAGAUGUUGUCACAAAAUCAAUCGUAACCAUACUAAAUGGAAACACCACGAUCGGUGAGAAGCAGAACGUGAUUAGAUACCUUGAGAUGUUAAGCACGAAUGUCGAAGCUGCCAAUAUUUUGACCAACGGCUCAAUAAUGCCGGUUCUUGUGAAAAUGCUCCGGCAAUCAAAGGCCUCUGCUUUGCGUGUUAUGCUUGCUUCACUUCUUGGCUUGCUAAUACGCCAUUCUACUUAUAUCGAGGAUGAAUUGUCGAAUUCUGGUAUAUUGGGUGCGUUGAAUGAAGGUUUGGUAGAUAGGCAAGAAAAAGUUAGAAGAUUCUCGAUGGCUGCUUUGGGGGAGUUGUUGUUUUACAUAUCUACUCAAAACGACCAAUCCAAACCAACAAUCCCGCCGGAAAGCCCGUCGAAGGAAACCAAAGCCUCAUCAGGGUGGCAGGUUCCGAGUACAUUGAUUUCACUGGUGACGUCACUUUUACGUAAGGGAGAAGACGACAUAACUCAGCUUUACGCAUUACGAACAAUAGAAAACAUCUCAAGUCAAGGAGGCUACUGGUCAACUCGUUUUACCAGCUCAGACGUUAUCAAUAACCUCUGCUACAUCUUCCGAGCUCCCGGAAAACAAGAAACCAUCCGACUCACUGCCGGAUCAUGUUUAGUGCGAUUGGUCCGUUUUACCCCUCCCACCAUCCAACAAGUAAUGGAGAAACUCACAUUCAAAGAAAUGGCCGGAGCCAUCUCAAAAGGAAACCCUAAAGAACAACAAAUCUGCUUAAACCUUCUAAACAUGGCGGUGCUUGGCGGCAAUUUCUUCCCUAACAUCGGCCGCCACCUUCUCCCGCUGGUGGAGGACAAGAAUUUAGUCCCGAAUCUUAUCUCGUUGAUUGAACACGGUGGUGAGGUUUUGAGAGGGAAAACCCUAGUUUUUGUGACGUUGCUUUGUAAGAACAGGAAGCGGUGGUUAGGGCAGUUUUUCUUGAACGGGAAAUUAAUGUCGACUGUGGAUAGGUUGGUGGUGAAGGAGAAGGGCGUUUAUUUGCAGCAGUGUUUGGAGGCAUUUUUGUUUGGUGUGGUGGCUGUGAUUCCGGGGUUACUGGAGACUGUAAUUUCCGAUGUUCAGCAACUGAUGGGAGGGGGAGGUGGAGGGAGACGACAUACGCUGGUUGCUGCUUUGACUGGUAGAGCUUCUUCAAAGACCAAUCUUCAACUUUUUUCUGUUGUUCUAAACCUGCUUGGAAGUUCUUCUUUUAAACAUAAAGUCGUGAAUGCGGAGGUUCUUCAGCAACUUAAAGUUUUAAUCAAAUUGGUGGAAUCACCGUUCCAGGGAAGGGAUGAUUUCCAGAUAACCCUUCUAAGGGUACUUGAAACAGUGACAGAAGAAGCCUCUUUCAUUGAGGAAAACCACUCGGGUUUUGUCCAUGAAAUACUUCCAAGUCUCUCCAUUGUUUGCAAAGCAAGCAAAGAUGGAGACGCAAGAUUCUUAUGCUUGAAGAUAUGGUUUGAAGUGGUGCUAAUGGAAGAUGAAGAUCCAAUUCCUAUAUAUGCACAAAAACUAGUCGAGAUGCUGGUAGAAUUCAAGAUCAUCACACAGCAAUGA